AUGUCAAACUUGAUCAUAGGAGCUUCUAAUUACCUACUUAAAAGAGCAUUAUCUGAAGAUGAUCCAGAUUUAACCAUACCUGGAGAUGGUGAAGAAGGUACAAAUCCUGUUACUGAAGAAAUAUUCAGUUCAUGGGCAUUAUUCAUCUUAUUAUUAUUAUUGAUCUCUGCCUUGUGGAGUAGUUAUUAUUUACAACAAAAGAGAAUUCAAGCAGUUCAUGAAACUGUUCUUUCAAUUUUUUAUGGUAUGAUUGUGGGACUGAUUAUUAGAAUAUCACCAGGUCAUUACAUUCAAGACACUGUGACUUUCAAUUCUUCAUAUUUCUUUAAUGUUUUACUUCCGCCAAUCAUCUUGAACUCAGGUUAUGAAUUACACCAAGCUAAUUUUUUCAGAAAUAUUGGUUCAAUUUUAACUUUCGCCAUACCCGGAACUUUCAUCUCUGCUUGUGUAUUGGGUACAAUUUUAUACAUUUGGACUUCUUUAGGCUUAGAAAGUGUUAAUAUUUCAUUUGUUGAUGCUCUUUCUGUGGGUGCUACAUUGUCCGCUACAGAUCCAGUUACAAUUUUAUCAAUUUUCAAUGCUUAUAAAGUUGAUCCAAAAUUAUAUACAAUUAUCUUUGGGGAAUCUUUGUUAAACGAUGCUAUUUCCAUUGUUAUGUUUGAAACUUGUCAACAAUUCCAUGGUAGAGAUGCCAAGUUCACUUCUUUUUUCGAAGGUAUUGGAUUAUUUUUGAUGACUUUUAUAAUUUCAUUAUUAAUUGGUGUUAUUUUUGGAUUUUUAAUUGCAUUAAUUUUAAAACAUUCUCAUAUUAGAAGAUAUCCACAAAUUGAAAGUUGUUUUGUUCUUUUAAUGGCUUAUCAAUCAUAUUUCUUCUCUAAUGGUUGCCAUAUGUCUGGUAUUGUAUCAUUAUUAUUUUGUGGUAUUACAUUAAAACAUUAUGCAUAUUAUAAUAUGUCUAGAAGAACUCAAAUUUCAACAAAAUAUAUUUUCCAAUUAUUAGCAAGAUUAUCAGAAAAUUUUAUUUUUGUUUAUUUAGGUCUUGCUUUAUUUACAGAAGUUGAAUUAGUUUAUAAACCAAUGUUGAUCAUUGUUACAACAAUUUCCAUUUGUAUUGCACGUUGGGCUGCAGUUUUCCCAUUAUCAAGAUUAGUUAACUGGGUUCAUAGAAUUCGUUCAAAUGGUCAAUCAUUACCAGAUGAAAUCCCAUAUCAAUAUCAAAUGAUGACUUUCUGGGCUGGAUUAAGAGGUGCAGUUGGUGUUGCCUUAGCUAUGGGUCUUCAAGGUGAACAUAAAAGUACAUUAGUUGCAACUGUUUUAGUUGUUGUUGUUUUAACUGUCAUCUUAUUUGGUGGUACUACAGCUGGUAUGUUGGAAGUCUUGAAUAUUAAAACUGGAUGUGUUGAUGAAGAUGUUUCAGAUGAUGAAUUUGAUAUUGAAGCACCAAAACUUCCAUCAACUAAUGCAAUUUUAUCAAAUAGACGUUUUAAUAAAGCCGUACCAAUUCAACCUUAUUCAGAUAAUAUGAGAAAUAGAUCUAGUCCCAACAUUGAUGAUCAACAAGAUUUAUUAAAAGAUGAUGAUGUCCCUGCUGGUAUUGAUGAAAUUCCUCCAUUGGUUGCUAAUAGUGCAAAUCCUAUUGAACGUGUUGGUUCUCCAUCUAUUGUGGGGACUGUACAAAGUAUGUUACAUACAGAUGAUAGAGCUAGAUGGUUUCAAAAUUUUGAUGAACAAGUUUUAAAACCUGUUUUAUUAGACUCUGAUACACAAUUCAAUAAUAAAAAUGGUGGUUCACAUGUUUAG